GAACGACACAAUCCACACUCCAUCGAAUUGAAACACACACACACAACUAAUUAUACACACAACUAAUUGGGUUGUGGGGGGUUUGUGUUGUGGUUUGUUGGGGGUAUGAUAUGGUAUGGUUGGAAACAGCUCAGGGUUGGGCAUGCUCAGGCAACUCAUUGGACAGUUAGAGGAGUUUUUGGAGCUCCACGGCUCUAUUCCUCCUCCUGCGCUUCCUUCCAAUUGCUUGAUUCAGUUUCUACCUCCAUCGCACCACAAUUCGCUCAGGUGGUGUAACUAUUUCAAUCUCGAAGACACCUCUUUGCAAGACAGCUGGUGCAACAUGAUAAUGAGUGCCGAAAAUGUGAAAACGCUUGGACCCGGGAAGCCUCCCCCUCCCCGCAAGAAAGUGCGCAACAACAACGGUGAUAAAUCCCAGGUGGACGAGACGAUGGACUACCGCAUCUGGAAAGAAUUCCCAGAAGACCUGUUCGAGUCCGUGAUGGCCCGUCUCCCGAUAUCGUCUUUCUUCCACCUUCGGUCCGUGUGCCGCAAGUGGAACUCAGUCGUGCACUCCCCCAGCUUCUCCCUAGAGCACGCCCUCGUGGCACAGAGGCAGCAGCCGUGGUUCUACACCUCAGGCGGCGCCAUGUACGACCCCGUCUCGCGGAAGUGGCGCUGCCGCCGCGCCACCCUGGCAGCAGCCACCUCAGCAACAAAAAAUCCAAUCGUUCUCCCCGUGGCUUCAUCCGGCGGCCUCGUGUGCCUCCUCGACAUCGGCCACGAGAGCUUCUACGUGCGCAACCCCCUCACAGGGUCUUCCAGGGAGCUUCCCCCUGCACGCGCACGCGCAUCAGUAAGGGUAUGGUCCCGCGUGGCAGUCGGGAUGGCCCAGCAUCCGCAACACGGAGGCUACAAGGUCGUCUGGGUGGGUUGUUCGGGGGAGUACGAGGUGUACGAGUCGGGAAGGGGGAUUUGGGCUCAUCGGGGGACGGUGCCGCCAUGCGUGCGGGUCCCGCUGGGGCUGAAUUUCGGGUCGCCGGCGGCGUGCGUGGGCGGGGCUCUACACUUCCUUCGGUCUGAGCCGGACGGGCUCGUGAUAUAUGACGUGGGGAGUGGGGCGUGGGGACAGGUGGCGGUGCCGCUGCCGCCAUGCUCGGGGGACCACGCGCUGGCCGAGGGGGGAGGGGGUCGCGUGCUGCUGGUGGGGCUGAUGACGAAGAACGCGGCGACGUGCGUGUGCGUGUGGGAGCUGGAGAGGAUGACGCUGUUGUGGAAGGAGGUGGACAGAAUGCCAAAUGUGUGGUGCUUGGAGUUUUACGGGAAGAGUGAUGUGAGGAUGAGUUGCCUGGGGAACAAGGGGUUGAUCAUGCUGUCGUUGAGGUGCAGGCAGGUGAACCGCCUCGUCACUUAUGAUGUGUCCACCCGGGAGUGGCGCAGGGUGCCUGGGAAGAGGAAGCAGUGGAUUGCGUGCGGGACCUCUUUUCAUCCUUGUUUGACUGCAUCGCCUUAGUGUGUGUGUGUGUGUUGAUGUGUUUUAUCUUUUACUUGUGGCUAUGCGUUCUCUAGUGUCUGUAUAAUUAAUGUGUACUCGUGCAAUGUUGUAGUUGUUUUUUCCGGGAACAACUUUAAUAGUAGCAACAACUAAGCUGCCCAUAAUAAUCAUGCUCUCUCUCUCUAGAUUGUAUUACAAAUAAUUCGUGUGUAAACUUUCUUUAAUAUCUCCCGCUUCUCCUCUUUUGUUCAUCGCUUACGAAUGGAGGCUUUGUUGAUUGGAAAGCAGUUAAAUUUACUAUUUCCUUCA